GGCGGGCACAUUUAAAGAAAGGCAGAGGGCGAAAGAAGGCUAGAGAGGAGAAGAAAGAGAAACCAGGGGGGCGAAGCGCCGUCCAAUGACAAAGCCCAGGGGUGGGCGCCGGCCGCCAUCUUGAACCGGGCGGCAGGAUAUACACCCGCGUCCUCCGCCCUCGGAGGGGGAGGGGCGGCGGAGGCGAGAAAAGUAGCGAGAGACGCACCGGGCUGGAGACGCCAGCAGCGGCCACCACAGCCGAGCCAAGCCAGACUCGGGCGGGCUCGGCGGCGACAGCGAGACCAGGCGAGCGCGGGCGGCCUCGAGUGGCCUCCGAUGCGGCGCAGCGUGAAGAGGCGCCGGCGCCGGCCCCCGGCCGCGGCCGCCCGGGGCGGCGGCUUUAGAGCGGGAGGAGGGGCCGGGCUGGAGGCGCGGGAGGAGAAGGUGGUGUACUCCCGGUCGCAACUGUCGCUGGCCGACAGCACCAAGGCGCUGGGCGAUGCCUUCAAGCUGUUCAUGCCCCGCAGCACGGAGUUCAUGAGCUCGGAUGCGGAGCUCUGGAGCUUCCUCUGCAGCCUCAAGCACCAGUUCUCCCCGCACAUCCUGCGCAGCAAGGACGUCUACGGCUACGCCUCCUGCCGAGCCCUGGUGCCUGACCCCCCGGAGCCCCCUACCGCCCGCGGCCUGACGCGCCGGCCGGCCCCGCGCGCGGCCGCCAGGAGGAGGCGCCGCGGAGCCCGGGCCACCGCCGCGGGCAGGAGGCGGCCCCGGCUGCCCCCGCCGCCUCCACCUUCACAGCCACCGCUGCUGCCGCCGCCGGCGGCCCCCGAGGAGUCCUGCCUGGAGAAGCUCUCGGCGCCCGAGCCCUGCUUCGGGGGCCGCACCCUGGAGGAGAUCUGGAGGGCAGCCACCCCGACGCUGACCACCUUCCCCACCAUCCGUGGUGAAAGCAAAGGACAACAGCUAUAG